AUGCACCCUCUCGGCUUCCUCAAUCCCUUGGAUAAUGUCCACAACUUCGAUCCGGACAAACACAUCCAGGAUCUUGGGGGCAAGGUGAUCGUCGUGACAGGGGGGAACAGUGGCUGCGGCAAAGAAACCGUCUUGCAGCUGGCAAAGCACCACCCACAGCGGAUAUACCUGGCUGCUCGAUCGGAAGCGAAGUACGACAACGCCAUGAAGGACAUCUCGGCGGCAGCGCCCCAUGCGAAUGUCAGGUUUCUGCAAUUGGAUUUGUCUUCGUUGGCAUCCGUCAAGAGUGCAGCGGACCAAAUCCACUCGGAAAACGACAGGCUCGACAUCCUAGUCAACAACGCCGGCAUCAUGGCCCAUCCGCAUGGUCUGACGCAAGAUGGCUAUGAGAUCGAGUUCGGGACCAACCAUGUGGGCCAUGCGCUGCUAACCCGUCUCGUUCUCCCAUUAAUGCAAGCGACGGCAUCGAAACCAGGCUCAGACGUGCGCAUUGUCAACGUCUCGUCCGCCGCACAUCAAAUGGCCCCUGGCGCAGGAAUUGUUUUCGCCCAACUGAAAACGCCCAUGGACUCGUUCAACCCGGCACGACUCUAUGGGCAGUCGAAGCUCGCCAACGUCCUGCACGCAAGGGAGCUCGCCAGACGGUAUCCCGAAAUCCUCUCGACGUCGAUCCACCCUGGCCGCGUUGAGACGAACCUGACCAACGUCAUGUUGGACCAGAACAGCUUCUUCGGCCGCUUUCAGAAAUUCUUCGACUACAUGGCGGGCGCUCUGCCCGUGCAGCAGGGCACGUUGACGCAACUCUGGGCGGCCACCUGGACGAGGCAGGAGGUCAAGAACGGGGCGUAUUACGUUCCGGUCGGCAAGGAGAGUCUCGGGUCCAAGAAGAGUCGAGACACGGAAUUGGCCAAGAAACUGUGGGAGUGGACAGAGUCUGAGUUGGCCGCAAAGGGAUAUUGA